AUGUCCCUCAUGAGCCUCAUGGAUUCUCCAAUGGAGGUGAAGCACGUGGAGGAGGUUCAGAAGCUCAGUGCGGUGAUAUCGGAGCUCGAGCUUAUACUUCACUCUGCCGCCGCGAAGCCGCCUGAUCCCCUCUUCUGCUUCGAUCUGCUCAAGAAUCUCCAUGCCUCCAUCGAGCAUGAACCCGAGGAGUCGCUGCAGCUCAUGCAGCGGCGCAGCGAGGACACCCUGCAGGCGCUGCUGCUGCAGGGCGCGGGCCCCCCGAACCGGCGGCUGCUGGCGGGCGCGCUGGUGCGCGUGAUAGAGCGCGGGGACUCCAUCUCCGUGUACUCGCGCGUCAGCUGCCUGCAGGGCUGGUUCUUCGAGAAGGGAGAAAAGCGGGCGACCGCUGUUGUGGGGGCGCUGGAAGCGUUGACAACCAUCACACGUGCGUUCGGCACGCGGAUUGCAUCCAGCCUCACAGAGACCGUCAACGUUGUCAGCCGGCUGUUGCGCAAUGCAGAGCCCAGCGUGCGGAACGCAUCCCUGCAGCUGCUGCUGGCAGCAAUCGAGGUGAUGAAAGGCGCGGGCCCCACUUCCGCGUACACUGACGCAGUGCGCGCACUCUCCGGCUAUGGCGUGAGAGAUAGGUCCGCCCUGGUGCGCGAGACCACGGCACACUGCAUCCAGGCGCUCGCGGUUACCGGCGGGCCGGGGCUGGCGGGAGGGGCGCUGGAUUCCAUGGCGCAGCUGUGUGUGAAGGCGGUGGACGACCCAGCGCAGGCUGUGAGGGACGCUUUUGCUGCUGCACUGGGAGCGGUGGUGGCUCUCGGCCUCAACCCUUCCGCUCAGAUUGUCCCCAGGGGCAAGUCGUCAGCAGCGCCCCCCAAGGCCAUGGACAAUGCCAUUCAGAAGUACCUCACUACACCGUUUGUUCGAGCCCCAGCAUCGCGCAGCAAGGAGAUCCGAUUGGCCAUUGCUAUGGCAUGGGUGGCGCUGCUCCAGAGUCUGAGGGCGCAGUACGGGGUAGCGGACAUGGACCUGGUGCCCUAUGGCAUGCAGGCCCUGGCGAUGGCUCAGUAUGGAGUAGCAGACAUGGACCUGGUGCCCUAUGGCAUGCAGGCCCUGGCGCUUCUGCCCGCCUAUGCUCGUUCCAUUGACUCGCAGGCUCAGGCAUGUGCUCUCUACAUUCUUCAAGUGGGGCUUGUGGAGCAGAUGGGGGAGGAAGCACAGCGGGAGUUCACUCGAACACUCACACACCAGCUGACAGCCAGUGACAUGGGUCCGCACAUGCUCGUUGCUGCUCUGCGCACGCUCUCCCACCUCCUCAACACGCUUGGCGAGGUCACGCAAGCAGCGAGAGAGGCACUGGACUACGGUCUGCUGGCAACUCUCUCCAACUCCUCUCCUGCUGUGCGGGUGGAGGCAGCGCGCACCAUCAAGGUGCUGGCGCAGGUGGACGCGUCCCGUGCCCACUCCUUUAUCCUCUCCGGCUUCACUGCUCUCCGUGCGCUCAGGGAAACCAUGAACACUGAGAAGGGCGAGCGUUUGAAGCUGACUCUAGACUCUCUGCAUGGCCAAGCGCUCAUGCUCUCCGCUCUGCUCGUCCUUGGGCCCAAGCUGCCCCUCGGUCUCCCUUCCAGCCUCUCACUCUCCAUUCUCGACAUGGCACAGCAGAUGGUGCUGUCGCCAGGCCAGCUGCCAGCAGCAGCAGCAGCAGACCACGAGGCGGGCUGGAUCCUCAUUGCCUCGCUGCUGCUCUCCAUGCCCAAGGAGGAGGUGGCACGGAGGGAGGUGGAGUUUCUUGCUCUGUGGACCAUGCCCUUUGGGGGCAGCUGCGCCGACCGAGUCAAGAGAAUUGACGCUGCAAGCAUGCCUGGAGAGCUCAACUGCUGGUCCGCAGCCAUGGAUGCUCUGAGGGCGUUCAUUGUGAGCUAUGUGGUGCCCAACCUUGCAACUCCCUCUGUGGCUGAGACCAUCAACCCCAUCAUGGGCUACCUCUCAGGAGCACUGACGUACAUUGCGUCAUCAACCCUGGGCGAGGCGUCGUCAUCAGUGAAGCAGCACGCGGAGCUGUUCAUAGUGCGCACGCUCAACACCUUCCACGCGUUGCCCGACCCUGCACUCUACCGCCACCUGCACCCCAUGCUCAUCGACAUCUGCACCGCUCCCUUCCGAGAAACGGCAUCAUACCCGAGCAGCUCUCUCCUCCGCACUCUGCUAGAGCCCAGUGACUCCAAUCUUGGCCCCUGGUUCCCGGGAAGGGAUGUGCUGGAGGACGAGUUACGUGCGCUGGAGGGUGGCAUGGAUGGGGUCAUUGCGUCUGUCUGGGAAGAUGACACCUCCACCUUCCCACAGUCCGUGCCUCUGGGAGUGGCUCUAGUCGACUCCAUGCUACGCUGCUUCAUCGCGCUCUUCCCCAUCCAGGUUCCAAUGUCCAAGGUAGCGCUGGUGGAUACCUUGUCUGUGGCGGUGAAGGGCAACAAGCGCCAGGCUCUGCGCGUCUCUGCCACUGCCAAUGCCUGCGUGGUGGUGGUUGGCACUCUCAAGGCCAUGGUAGCACACAAGGCAAAGGAGGAGGAUGCAGAGACCCUGCGUCGUAUCCAGGCGCUGGUUCAGAGCUUUGUGGCGAGUGACCCGUCCAACCCAGCGUUCAAGAGGGCGUCAGCAGAGGCCUUGGGCCUGCUGGCUCGCCUGGGAGACGAUCUCUUUGCUGUGCGCCUGAUCCGUUCUCUACUGGCAGAGGGGGAAGCGGCCACUGACCCCUCCACCAGGGCAGCUGUCGCUCUCGCAUUCGGAUCAGUGCUCCGCAGUGUGGGUGGCAUAGCGCUCUCAUCCUUCAUCUCCCCAGUGGUGCAGUUCCUAAUGGCCAUGGCACGUGCACCAGGAGAGCACCUGGGGCACAUCUGGGCUCUGCACGCGCUCUGGCUUGCUGCCGACGCUGCUGGCCUCUCGUACACUCCCCAUGUACAGGCCACCUUGUCGCUGCUGAUGGACGUGCUGCUGUCAGACGACCACGUCGCAGCGGGCUUGCCUCAGAGCGUGGCUCGUCUGGUCAACGCCCUCGUGGCCGUCUUUGGCCCUGAGCUGCUCCCAGGCUCUACGGUCUUCUACCGCUGCAAGUGUAUUCUGGAUGACAUCAGCCAGAGAAACGACCCUGCUGCACAGCUAGAGUGUGUGCUGUACACACAGCAGCUGGUGCUGUUUGCGCCUCAGGCCAUGCCUCUGCACCACCAUGUUACCACCCUCCGCGCCACCCUCACCUCCCGCCAGCCGAGUUUGCGGUUUGCUGCCAUUUCCACUCUGCGUCACAUGUGUGAGAGAGAGCCGGCGGCCAUGGUAUCAGAGCAGAUAGAGGAGGACCUCUUUUCCAUGCUUGACAACGAGACGGACCCCAGGGUCAUAUCCGGUGUGUGCAUGGCCUUGGAGCGACUGCUAGAGGCUGCAUGCCCCACAUACCCCAGUCGAUGGCUUCGCCUCUGCAAGAACGUGCUGCCUCGUUUUUUCUCCCCCACCCUCUCCACUCUCCGCCCCCUUCCUCCACGCCCCUUUCCACCCCUCUCCUCUUCCCGCAAAACCGCGCUACCCACCCACCUGUGCCUCGUCCUUCCCACCCACCCCGGGCGUAUCAUUUUCUUUCAGGUGCUAGCAGCGUCUGCCACUAGGAGAGCAGGCGAGGCAAAGGAAGUCGCAGGGGAGGGGCGGAAGGGGGAAGCAGGGGAGGACGAGGAGGAUGAUGAGAGUAUGGUGGCGGCAGGGGGGGAUGGAGCGCGCACAGGGGGAGCAGCAGGAGCUGGGGCGGGGGCAGGGGAAGCGGGAGGGGGAGGAGGAGCGGGGAAAGGGGGCGGGGCGGUGAUAGGUGGAGGGACACCGAUUGGGGGCGUGGGAGGAGGGGGAGGAGGGGCAGUGAGGAGGGGAGUGGAUCAGCUGCCAAGGUUCAGGACGAGAGUGUUUGCGGCAAAGUGCCUCUCCCGGCUGCCCUACAUGGUGGGCUCCGACCCUGCUCACUUUGACAUCACUGUCGCAAAACAUAAAGUGGACGCGAGGAGGCAGGCCGGCCGCGAGAGUGGAGGGGGCAGUGCACAGCAGGCGGACUGGCUCGUGCUGCAUCUGGGUGACCUCGUGGCUGUGGCCUUCCAGAUGGCAACAGGAAGCAUGGAAGGCGUUCGCCCCAUGGGGGUGUCUCUCCUUGGGACCAUACUGGACAAGUUUGGUCACACAGAGGAUCCAGACUUUGAGGGCCACAUUCUGCUCGAGCAAUACCAGGCGCAGUAUGUGUCCACGGUGCGCACAGCCAUGGAUGCUGCCAACAAUCCGCUGCUGCUGCUGGCAGGUGCCAGGCUGGCAGAUAAGGUUGUGAGCGGCAGGUUAAGAGGCUCAGACGAAUCUGUGGUGCCACGUGUCAUGACCCUGUUGGCCACGCCCCUCAGCAAGUGGGAUGCCCUUGGCAACUGGUCCUAUGCAGAAUGGGUUGGCUUCAAGGUGAAGGUCGAGCUAGUGGUGCGGCAUGCCCGCCUCAAAUCCCUCACUCUCGCCUCCUACGACGCGCAACUCGCCGCCGCAGGCGCCCCUGCCACAGCAGCCACUCCCGAAGCCGGAUACGACUCAGAGGACGAGCAUUUCGAGUCCGACACACGUCUCGCCGCCCUCCGUAAAGUGCGAGCGGCGGUCGAGCAAACCCCCGACUUGCUCGUGUCCCACUGGGUUGCCCUUCUGCGUGACUACCUCGCCGCGUUCUCCCUCGAGCCAAACGUGCAGGCGGUAUAUCGGUCCUCGUACGCUGCUGAGAUGUCUCCGUCCAUGCUCCCGUUGAUCAAACGGUACCUUCUCGCGUCGUCCCCGGUUGUUCUAGAUGCUGUUACUUUAGGCGUCAAACCCAACCUGUCUGCGGCGAAGGAAGCAGCUGCGGCAGCGGCUGCUGCAGCCGCUGCAGCUGCGGCAGCAGAUGCCGAGGCAGCCGCAGCGGCGGCGGCUGCGGCAGGUUCGGGGGUGACGAUUCUCGCUCCUGUCUUCGCAGUAGGUCCUAGCUCGGCUGGGUCUAAAGGCCCUCCUAGUGCCACAUUGUAUGGGGGCAUCGAUCCGAAGCAGUUUCACCAGCUAUGGGCUGCUUGCCUGUAUGCCAUCUGCCAUCCCGCUGGAGAUAAGACCAGUGGUGCUGGUUCUGGGGAAAACGGAGGGGCAGAGGGGUCAAGGAGAACAUCGGAGGAUGGGCAGCAGGGGCAGCAGGGGCAAGAGCAGCAGGAGCAGGGGGGCGAGGUGGUGAUAGGGGAUUUCUUGCAAGCGGAUGCGUCGUGGGGCUGCAAGGGAGGCAGCAGCGGGGCGGUUGUUGGGGAGGGGAGGAGUGUGGCGCUGCGGGCGUUGGGGCGGUUGAUGCAGCGGGAGUUCUUUGGGGGUGACUUCAUCGAGGAAGAGGACUGCCUGGAGCUGUUGCAGGUGAGGAUGAGUGGGUGGGCUCCAAGCUGA